AUGCGUAUUCCCGUAGAUCCGAGCACCAGCCGGCGCUUCAGCCCCCCCUCCAGCAGCCUGCAGCCCGGCAAGAUGAGCGACGUGAGCCCGGUGGUGGCUGCACAGCAGCAGCAGCAGCAGCAGCAGCAACAGCAACAGCAGCAGCAGCAGGAGGCGGCGGCCGCGGCGGCGGCGGCGGCAGCGGCGGCGGCGGCGGCGCCCCGGUUGCGGCCGCCGCACGACAACCGCACCAUGGUGGAGAUCAUAGCUGACCUCCCGGCCGAGCUCGUCCGCACCGACAGCCCCAACUUCCUGUGCUCCGUGCUGCCCUCGCAUUGGCGUUGCAACAAGACCCUGCCCGUGGCCUUCAAGGUGGUAGCCCUUGGAGAGGUACCAGAUGGGACUGUGGUUACUGUCAUGGCGGGUAACGAUGAGAAUUAUUCUGCUGAGCUCCGAAAUGCCUCUGCUGUUAUGAAAAACCAAGUAGCAAGGUUCAACGAUCUGAGAUUUGUGGGCCGGAGUGGACGAGGCAAGAGUUUCACCCUGACCAUAACUGUCUUCACCAAUCCUCCCCAAGUAGCCACCUAUCACAGAGCUAUUAAAGUUACAGUGGAUGGACCCCGGGAACCCAGAAGGCACAGACAGAAGCUUGAUGACUCUAAACCUAGUUUGUUCUCUGACCGCCUCAGUGAUUUAGGGCGCAUUCCUCAUCCCAGUAUGAGAGUAGGUGUCCCGCCUCAGAACCCACGGCCCUCCCUGAACUCUGCACCAAGUCCUUUUAAUCCACAAGGACAGAGUCAGAUUACAGACCCCAGGCAGGCACAGUCUUCCCCACCGUGGUCCUAUGACCAGUCUUACCCCUCCUACCUGAGCCAGAUGACUUCCCCGUCCAUUCACUCCACCACCCCGCUGUCUUCCACACGGGGCACCGGGCUCCCUGCCAUCACCGACGUGCCCAGGCGUAUUUCAGAUUCAGAGCCCAGUACCUUGGACUCCCAGUCUUCGACCUUGUUCCUUUCCUCUGAGGAGCCGGGCCCCUCCGCCACCACCCUGCCUUCCCCCUCCUCCUCCUGCGAGCCCCAGGCAUUUUCUCCCUCCGUGCUGCCCUCGCUGCUGCCCCCUCAACUCCCCAGAGCCCCUGUGCCCCCUGGCCCUGGUGUCCCCAGGCGCACCGGCCUUUACUCUGUCGUGGCCUCCUCUCCAGAGGCUGCCCCACGCCUCCUGGACUGGCUGCCCGGCUGCCCCUCGGCCACCCCUCCUGGUGGCCGCGGGGAGGAGCGGGAGUGGCCGGCGCCCGUCCAGGGCCCUGAGAGGGCCCGUGCCCAGCACCUGGGAUCAUCCGCCAGGGAAGAGGGCCCAGAGGAUGCGGGGACCGCCCCGCCUCCCGCCACCCCGCCCGUCAUCACCGCCACCCCUGCGAGCUUGGAAGCCAAUGUUGGGGACAUCCUGGUGGAGCUGCGGACCAUGAACGGCCACCUGGGCAUCAUAGCGAAGGCCCUCACCAAACUGGCCUCGACCCUGGGGCCCCAGCCCCAGCCCCAGCCCCUACCUGGUGGGGCUGAUGACAACUAA